AUCAGGAUGCUCAUCAGGCUUCUAACAUUGAGGACUUAAUUCAGGUUAUACAUGCAUCAUUCUCAGUUAUGCGCAAGCAGUGGUCAGAUGCCAUGCAUAAUUUUCAUGAGAAGUUUGAUUCUUUAUCUACUCUAAUUGUCAACCAUGGUAAAUGCUAAUUAGAGUACUACAUGAUAGCUUAGUACUUAAAUUUUCAAGUCGUUGUUUCUCUAUUCGCUAUUUUCUAUCAUAUGCAAGUAGCUCUGGAUUCAUCUCCUCAAGAGGAGUUUCUAAGCCUCCUAGGUGGUGCUCACGCUAGUCCUCCAGUUCAUCAAUUUCUUGUUUACUCUCUUGGUGAAGCUAUAAACUUACAUUAUAUGAUAUUUUCCUUACAUGAAAGGAAACUGGUAUUGUAAUGUUGUAUUGAACAAUAGAUUUCUUACUCAAUAGGGGGUGAAGCGCAUAUCAAAGGUUGUCUGUGGUUCUGGAAAAGAACUUCGGCAUAUUAUCCUCAAUCAUCUUCAGCCUGCUGCAGAAAUUAUUGGAUUCAGGAUGAGAGAACUGAGGGGACUUUCAAGAUGGUGAGAACUCUGUUAAGGGAUUGGGUUGGAUGAGAUACUUAUAAAUAAUGCAACAAAAAAAUCUGGCUUGUUACUACUACAAGUUGAAAGAUUUAUGAGGGUCCUAUCCUCUGUUGUACAACAGUGAACUUGUUGUAUUCUUGAAGUUUUUAUAUGACCAAGAUCCCGUUAGGGUGUUGCUUGAGCUGUCUGAAGUAGAUCGCAAAAUUGAAAUUUAUAUGGAUACAAUACAAAGGAUUAGAGCAUUAGUUUGUUUUGGUGGAUUUUCAGAUUGUGAAUAUCUCCAGCACACACUGGCCAAGGAAUUUCUACAGAUGGAAUCUAGUUUCAAGAAGGCCUUCCUGAUGCACUUUACUACUAUUUCACGGAAGAUACUUCACAAGGAUGUUCUAUCACUGGUUUCACUCUUAUCUUCACGAGCACCAUUAUUCAUCACCAUUCCUUCGUCAGUAUCAUACUACAAGGAUGACUCUGGCUAUUUGAUCUUAUCAGGAUGGCAAACAUAGCAUCCAGAGGCGUAGCUUGUGUUUUCGCUGCAAGAAAGCUUGCGUUGGAGUACAUCCUGUAUGAAGAGGAAGACAAAGUUUCUAAGGUAGAAGUUGGAUUGUAAAACAAUUAACCAUUAAUGGAGGCAGGGUUUAUUCUCUCUAUUAAUAAUUAAAUAAAGUAUAAUUUGCACU